AUGACCAAACGCGGCGCCUCAGAUGAGGCAUUGGGCGCUUCGCCGUCCAAGCGGCAGCAUAUGGAAGAUCUCGAUGAUGGCGACGACGACUUCACCCCACACACGCCGGCCAGCUCCAUAGUCGACGCCUCUUCGCCUGCCACGACGGCCACCACGCCGCGGGCCAAGUUCCCGUCCGACCUCAAGACCUUGGCAUGCACCUGGCCCGGCUGCCCGAAGACCUUUAACCGUCCGGCCCGCCUCAGGGAUCACCUCAACUCUCACACCAACUCGCGGCCCUUUAAAUGUCCGUACGACGGCUGCGACAAAGACUACAUAGAGGACAAGCACCUAAAACAGCACAUUAAAGCCUGGCACACACAGGAGCGAAAGUACGUCUGCCAGCGUGAGGGCUGCGGUAAGAGCUUCGUCACAGGCACGCGGUUGCGCCGCCAUCAGGCCGUCCACGAGGGCGCCGACCGCUUCCGCUGCUCCGACUGCGGCCAAAGCUUCCGCAAGAAAGAAACACUACACAAGCACGUCCGCAAGGACCAUCUCAACCAGCCCGCUUUCGAGUGCCCGGAGCCAGGCUGUGACGAGGCCUUCCCAUCGAAGCCAUCCCUCAAGAGACACCGCGACAAAGUGCACGGCGAGAUUAAGUUCUGGUGCAAUGAAUGCGCGGUUACGACGAACCAGGAUGGGUCAGAAGAGCGGGUCGGCUUCACGACGGAACUGCUCCUGCAGCAGCACGUGAAACAGGAGCAUCAAAACUGCAUCUUUUGCGAGUACAAGUCAAGCUCGCGGUGGGAGCUGGAGCAGCACGUCGAAAUGCGCCACUCGGGCAAGACUGUCGCGGACCGCAAGACGCACGCCUGCACCUACGAGGGAUGCGACAAGAAGUUUACGAAAAAGUCGAACCUCACCGCGCACAUCCGCACCGCCCACGAGGGCUUUCGCUUUGUCUGCGGAGACGUCGACCUCUCGGGCCCGGAUUUCGCAGCUUGGACCAAGGAUCAGGGCUGCGGCGACAAGUUCAGCACUAAGAGCAGACUGGAAGACCACGUGCGGUUCAUCCACCUCGGCCACCAGCGGCCCAAGCUCUCCAAGCCGGGCGGCUCCCAGACCGACUUCAUCGACGACAUCUCCGGCGCCGCGACGCAAGCCAAGCAGACCAUUCCCUGCCCGCACUGCGCCGAGACGUUCAUCCGCUACCAUGACCUGGACGUCCACUUGGGCAAGUGCCAUGACCCUUUGCAUGGGAACACGACCCCGGACCCGGCCUCCUUUCUCGCGCAAUCUCACGGCAUGAUGGCCUCUGAGCUGCACCAGUUCGAGCAGGACUACGUACAGUCGGCCUGGCCGCCAGACAUGCCGCACGAGGAAAUCUUCGCCGCGCAGAUGGAUUACGGGCCGCCACAGGACGACUGGCUCCAGGACGAGGCGAACAUUCUACUCCUCGCGCGUGAGACGCCGGGCCCGUUCGACCACAGCAUUGAUCCUACCCUGGGUGGAGCUUAG